UAAUUUGAGUCAGCAUAGUAUAUAUAGCACAGCAUAGAACAGCAUGAUGUGACGAGUGUGAAUUGCUGUAAUUACCGCAAUUGGACACACUGUGGCAACAGAUCCCAAGAAGAGUGUCUCCUCCAUUUUUCUAAAGAUGAUGUAACGUCUGUCGAUACCGUCAUUCAAAGUUCACAACUGAGCACAGUAGUAACAUUAAAAUUGAAAUUAUUAAAUUAUAUUAUUAUUAUAGACAAAAAGUAUAUAAAAAAAAAAAAAAGGACAAAGAAAUCCAUUGCACACUAACCAAUAUGAGACUUUUCUUAUUGUUAAUUAAUCAUACAUAUUCAUUCACGCAGGAAACCUGUAAGUUUAAAAAAAAUAAUCAUUUUGACCCUAAACUUAUUAAAUUGUAAUAACGGCAUCAUAUAAUGAAAAAUAAUUUUUUUUAAAAUGCAACAGCAUGUCUUCAGCGAUGAAAAAAUGACUCUUUUGAAAUAUUCAUUUUUUUAAAAUGACAGAUUAAUAUGUUUUGCACACAUUUGCUGCCAUUGACUAAUGGACUAAUAGACACCACUGCCAACCCUCCCAGUUCAUGUGGAUUGGACGUCUAUGACAAUAAAUGGCUGCAAAUGAGUUAGUUUGAAUAUUAAUUUAAUAGGCUGCUUUGGCGAGAGCUCCUGACUUUUUUUUUUUUUUUUUUUUUAUAUUCUGGUGCUUGUCCUCUGCAAAUAUCGGGCUCUAUCUCAUCCCAUCAGACGCUACUUCCCUGUAAUCCCAUUAAAGGAUCUAUAAAUCUACUGAGUGAUGCAGCUAAACACUGCAAAUCCCAGCCAACCGCACACUACAGGAGGGCAUGUUCCUUAUAAGCAUUUGACAAAGCAACAAACGCUAAUGAUUUAAUGGUGCGCGCUUCAAUGGAAAUUCAUCAUUAUUUUCUAAUCAUACUAUAUCUAAUCAUGAAUUUGAAUUUUUUGACCUGUCUGUCUUGCCUCUCUCCUUUUCUAAGCUAUUUAACCCCGAUUUGUCUCCUCUUGACACUAUGUCAGUCUGAGCCUAGCCAUAGGGAUUACAGUCCAGCUAAAGGUUACAUACAAUAUAUACUGCAUUCAAAACAUCUCUACUUGGUUUGUAUGGUGAAUCUAUACACAACAAUGUACCUCCGAGUUAUUUUUUUUUUAAAUGAUUCGACUCAGUCGAUAUGUGCAUGUGUGUUUAGCAUGCAAGUUGUUUAUUUUUUUAAAGACUUUUUGGGAGAGGUUCCAAUCCAAGCACCCCCUAGCCCCUUGGUUAAUCCCAGUACCCUCUUUUGAAAGCACAACAAGAACACACCUAAUCUGGAUCGUGAUGGUCAUUACCGCCUGGGUGGUCAGCCAAUAAGGGAUGUAGGGAGGGUGGAGGCGAGUUGUGGAAAGGAGGAGUCAAGUAAGUACUUCUAGCCACUGACCUUGGAGUAGGAAGGGAUGGGAAGCAAUUUGCAUAGUGGGAAAGGCCGCUGAGUUAAGCAGCUCUUGCUUUUGUCAACACGAGAAGAUUCAGCACUACAGAAUGAGAUUGCCCGGGGCUGGAAGUUAGGAUCUUCCCCUGGAAAGAAACCAAAAACGUCAUACAGGCUGUGGAUGGACCAGAGACCCCUGUGUAGGGGUGAAGGGCCCUAUCAGCCCUUUGUGAGUCUGGACCAUGGGGGAUGGAGGAGUCUGUGCAUCUGGAGGAGAACGGGUCAACCAGUCCCAUGUCCUGUUUGAUAAAUUUGUCCAGGCAACCACAUGUAAGGGCACGCUCAAGGCCUUCCAGGAGCUGUGUGAUCACUUGGAUGUCAAGCCCACAGAGUACAGGGUCUUUUACCACAGACUCAAAUCCAAGCUCAACUAUUGGAAGGCGAAAGCUCUUUGGGCCAAGUUAGACAAGCGGGCCAGCCAGAAAGAGUAUAAGAAGGGUCGUGCCUGCACCUCUUCAAAGUGUCUGAUCAUUGGUGCUGGGCCAUGUGGAUUACGAACAGCCAUAGAGCUGGCCUUCCUGGGUGCCAAAGUUGUGCUGUUGGAGAAGAGGGAUGCCUUCUCCAGGAACAACGUGCUCCACCUUUGGCCCUUCACUAUACAGGACCUGAGGGGUCUUGGGGCCAAGAAAUUCUACGGAAAGUUCUGCGCCGGUUCAAUUGAUCAUAUCAGUAUUCGUCAACUUCAACUCAUGCUCCUCAAAGUGGCUCUCCUCUUGGGCAUUGAAAUCCAUGUCAACGUAGAGUUCAAAGCGCUUAUUGAACCUCCUGAGGACCAGGAGAGUGAAAGGAUAGGCUGGAGGGCUGAGGUCCACCCCAGGACACACCCUGUCAAUGAAUUAGAGUUUGACGUGAUCAUCGGAGCAGACGGAAGGAGAAACACCCUGCCAGGUUUUCGCCGCAAGGAGUUCCGUGGCAAGCUUGCAAUAGCCAUCACCGCAAACUUCAUUAACAGGAAUACGACAGCCGAAGCUAAGGUGGAAGAAAUCAGCGGAGUUGCCUUCAUCUUCAAUCAGAAGUUUUUUCAAGACCUCAGAGAAGCGACAGGUAUUGACCUGGAAAAUAUUGUCUAUUACAAAGAUGACACACACUACUUUGUGAUGACUGCCAAAAAACAAAGCCUGCUGGAGAAAGGAGUCAUUCUGCAUGACUACGCGGACACAGAGCUGCUUCUUUCAAGAGCAAACGUGGAUCAGGUUGCACUCUUGUCUUAUGCCCGUGAGGCAGCAGAUUUCUCAACCAACCACCAGCUGCCCACACUGGAUUUUGCCAUUAACCACUAUGGCCAGCCUGAUGUUGCCAUGUUUGACUUCACCUGCAUGUACGCGUCUGAGAACGCCGCCAUGGUGCGCCAGCGCAACGGCCAUAAGCUGCUGGUGGCGUUAGUUGGAGACAGCCUGCUGGAGCCCUUUUGGCCCAUGGGUACUGGCAUUGCCCGAGGUUUCCUGGCAGCCAUGGACUCAGGAUGGAUGGUGAAGAGCUGGGCUCAGGGAAAACAACCAUUAGAAGUGCUGUCUGAGAGGGAGAGUAUUUAUCGUCUCCUGCCUCAGACCACACCAGAAAAUGUCAGCAAGAACUUCAGUCACUACAGCGUAGAUCCCACUACACGCUACCCCAAUAUUAGCCUUAAUUUCCUUAGACCUAGCCAGGUACGGCACCUUCUAGACACAGGAGAGUCCACAGAAAUGCGCAUUGAAAUUGAGAAUGUGAUCAACUCAUCAACACCCAAGUUAAUCAGGAAUGACAACUGCCUGCUUGAGAAGCAGUUGCAAGAAUCCAUAGCAAGAUCCAGUAAACUUCUCAAUUGGUGCCAGAGACAAACAGAAGGAUACCGAAAUGUUUGCGUUAAAGACCUCACCAUGUCUUGGAAGAGUGGUCUGGCACUGUGUGCGCUUAUCCACCGAUACCGUCCAGAUCUCAUUGACUUUGAUUCUCUAGAUGAGCAAGACCAGGAAAAGAACAACCAGUUGGGUUUCGAUGUGGCUGAGCGGGAAUUUGGCAUCUCACCCUGCAUGACUGGCAAGGAGAUGUCUUCUGUGGUGGAGCCCGACAAACUUUCAAUGGUCAUGUACCUCAGCCAGUUCUAUGAAAUGUUUAGGGACACAGUGCCACCUGGAGAUAAUCAAAAUCUGAGUCCAGAGGAGAAGGUUGCUCUCAUGGCAAGUACCAAAUCCCCCAUCUCCUUCCUGAGCAAACUUGGUCAGAGCAUAGCAAUCUCAAGGAAGCGCAACCCCAAGGACAAAAAAGAAAAGGAUGUUGACAGUUUGGGGAAAAGAAGAAAAACCAGCCAGUCCGAAGAAGAGGAAGCAUCCAAGGCUGGUCGUGAGGAAAGACAGGCGAGUAUCCAUGCUUUGUUGUCAGAGAAGAAGAUGGACUCUGCUGUUGCAGUGAACAACAAUAAAGUCAAGGUCAUGGCAAAUCAGCUGCUGGCCAAGUUUGAAGAAAAUGCUCCCGCCCAGGGUUCAGGACUCAAAAGACAGGGGGACUCUCUGCCCAAUCUGGACUGUAUUUUGCACCCGACCCCGUCUAAGCCCCUUGAGCCAGUGCGGCUAGCACCUGUACCAGCUUGGAGAAAGAGGCGCACACAGCAGCAGGAGCAGCUGAGUAUUCGCUACAAAGAAAAGAUCAAGUGUCAGACGCUGCCCAACAGGGGGGAGCAGGCCAGAAGCGUUGGAGACCAACCAGCCAUCUUAGGCUCUCGGAGCUGCCCAAAGAAAACCAUUCUGCUCCUUUCUUCCUCCUCCUCCACUUCUUCGCUCUCUCUCCAUACAGAGCAUUUGGGUGUGACUCCGGAAGAAGAGGAGCUUGAAUACUAUGAGAAGCCUGUGAAUUACGGGGAUUGGAAGCCUUUGCACCGGAACGAUCCAGGACCUAUCCAUGUACCUGGUAUACAGGAGAGGGCUGACCGUCUAAUCUCAAAAUUUAAGGGAAAAAAUGACAAGCCCCCAAAGCCCAAGAAAAAGCCGUCCCGUUUCUUUUUAGAGCAGUGGCAUUUGUCCCGUGGCCUCUCUGAGCAUCCGAGUUUACCACUCUCAGCUUCGGAGUCUUGUAGAAAGAAGCCAGCAAAGUCUUUAUGUUCGGCUGCACCAAUGCCCUUAUAUGUGCUUAGUAUUCAGGAGAGGGCUGACCAACUUGCCUCUCAGUUGGAGGGCAGGUCAACAGGACCCAAGCCAAAGAAAAAACCAUCACGGUUUUUCAUGGAACAGUGGCAUCUCGCCCGAGCCCAAAGUGCUUCGGAGUCUUCACUCUUUUCUGACAACUUGAGACAGCACUAUGUAAGGAUGUACACAGGGGGAGUUAGCUCAUUGGCUGAGCAGAUAGCCAAUCAGCUUCAGGAAGUGCCCAAACCAUUACCUGAGAAAAGAGAUGUGGGUUCUUUCAGAAAAGAAUUCCCUGUCAAUAUUGGAGGCAGCGAUGUUUGUUUCUUCUGUCGGAAGCGAGUGUAUGUUAUGGAGAGACUGAGCGCUGAAGGGAAAUUCUUCCAUCGCAGCUGCUUCAAGUGCGAUUACUGCGGCACCACACUCCGACUGUCCUCCUAUGCCUUUGAUGUGGAGGACGGGAAAUUUUACUGCAAGCCACACUAUUGUCAUCGUCUGUCUGGCUAUGCUCAAAGAAAGACACGUGCACCUUCUCCUUCCCCAGCUCCAGCUACAUCUACGGAGAACCAGGAGCCCGCAAGCCCUGCAGCAAUGGUGGACGCCCCUGGAAGGGCAAUAGCAGUGGCAGGCCCCUCAGCCGAUAUCCGGCCCUCAGUACCGGAAGCUAACGGCCUGCAGGAGCCAAGCCUGGCAAAGCGGCUUCACGCAACACCCGAGCGAAUUGAGCUGGAGAACUACCGACUGUCCCUGCAGAAGGAAGAGGAGCUGGAAGAGGUGCCGGAGGAAACGCUGGCAGAACAUAAUCUCAGCAGUGUACUGGAUAAAGCUACAGAUGUCGACUUGGGCUCCAGUAGCUCAGACUCGGACAUGGAGGAGGACGACGAACAGGAAGACCAAGAGGAGGUGGAAGUUGAGUUGGAGGAGGAGCAGCAACCUCGCAGUCCUUCAGACCUUGGAGGCGUCCCUUGGAAGGAGGCAGUCCAGCUUCAUGCCCAACUUAGAGGUGACCAUUGUGACGUAGACGAUGAGGACGAUGACGAUGAGGAGUCAAGCGAAGAGGGCGAUUACUGCCCCUGGGACAGGGAGCUCCAGUCAGGCCUUUGGCUGGAGAAGUACAUCACAGACGAAGAUGAUGUUUGUACUUUUAAAGCUAAAAACCUACAAAUUCAACAAGUCCUGCAGCCUUUGGAUCCGCUAGCAAUUCCAGGUGUGAGGGAAACACAUGAAGACUCAGAGACAGAUGGGGGUGGCCAACUGGCUUCGGCCUCGCAGCCCAUUGAGUGUACACAGGCUUCAUCUACAGCCCCUGCCCACACAUCUGCCCGGCACGAAGCAGUGCGAGUCUGGUUGGAGUCGAUGUCUGGAGAACCAUGUGAUGAUGAUGAUGAUCUGGAAGCAGAAGCAGAUAGUCAAGAUGUUGAGCCUGGUACAGAAAUGGAUCAAGAUGACAUCCCCUCUGAUGCUGAAGCUGAGGCACGUUUGCACCCAACAGUGCACAGUAAUGCUAUUCCAGAGGAAGACAAAUUAUCUGAGAGUGAAGAAAUGGCUUCAAGUAUUGGAGUACAUGACACUGAACCGGUAGAGAAAGAAGAUGCCGUCUUAUCGCCAGUUUCUCCAGCAAUAGAAUCUGAAAGAGAGGUUAAGUCUUCAGAUACCUGCCUUUUCCCAGAACCACUGGUUUCUGAGGAAUUAAAAGUUGAGCGGACAACACCAUCGCCAGCUUCCAAAAGCCCCUCGCCUGUCUUUAAGCCUUCCCCGGUUAUGUCUCCAGCUGCUGCCUCUGGGAAAGUUCCUUUCUCCCCCUUAAACAACUCGCCUUCCAACUCAACCCCAGUCUCGCCGGUUACACCAGUUGUCGAGACCCCUGUCCGAUCCCCGUUGAAGUCACAGGCUGGCUCACCAAUCUGUUCCCAGCCUACGCCACUACCAGAGACAUGCCCACCAAAGUCUCCUGUCUACACUAAUCGAUCAAUUUGCCCUCUCACAGGCAACCCACUCUCUCCAAUAUGUGCACAGCCUUUACCCUGUCACGAACCUUCAUCACCUGCAAACUCUGAAUCCCCUGUCAGAACACAGCCUAUCCCAAAUGUCACAUCAACGCCCAUCGUCAGAAAUGACGGAGCCGCGUCAGAUUUGGAAGAUGCCUCAACAGAUGAAUCCCUGUCGAAAAAGACAGAUAUUAUUGAGGAAUUUUGGUUGAAGAGUGCUGAGAUCCGAAAGAGUCUUGGUCUCUCCCCUCUAGACCGAAGUAGUAAAAUCUUGGAGGUGAGUGUUGCCAAGACUCAAACACCAACCUCCACACCUGCCAAAACACAGACUCGGGAUGUGUCAGAAGAACAGAAACCUGCUUUUACUGGGCGUACUGUGAUUCGCAGACUCAACAUCACUCUCCAAGGUCAAGUCAUAACACCCAUUGCCUCUGUGGAGGCCAAAAAUAAUGACCCAGACAGGAAAGAAUUGAGCAGCAGUUCGGGUCUGGGCCUAAAUGGUGCACAAACGGCUAACACUGAUGGCAACAACACUUCGGACUCGAUCAUGCUGACCCCACCGUCCAGUCCUCCACCACCUGUGCCUAAUAAUCAAUCUCCCGCAAUACUCAGGCUGCAAAAACACCAGGUCUCUUGGGGCGACGGGACAGAAAAACCUCCAUGUGAGCUUGCCAAAGAAUCACCAAAAACAAAGACCCCCGUCCCUGCACAGAGAGCCCAGCAGAGUCCUGUUUCUGCACCCACACCUGCUCCCAGGAAGGUGUUGUCACCAUCAAAAGAUCUGAUAGAAACGCCGGUUGUUAUCAUGAGGGAGAAGAAAAGGAAGCCUCAUUCAGAGGAGCUGAGGAAGUCUUUUGUUGAGACUGUGGAAGAAAUUCCAUUUGCUGAUGAUGUAGAGGAGAACUUUGAUGAGCGGGCGCCGGACACCGGCUCAAAUAAGUUUUCCACUGCACCUACGAGUAAGGCCUCCGCGGAAAGACCUCCCUUUCAUUUGGCUUUAGCAAUGGAGAAUGGCAAACCCAUUAUUCCUGUCAAUCCAGCCUCUAAAACGCAGAGGGCCACUCAAUUCUCCCCUGAAGCUAAGGAGAUAGCUGAGGAGAGGAUAAGGGCAAGAGAAAAGUCUAUUAAAAGCCAGGCUCUCAAAGAUGCAAUGGCCCAGCAGCUAAAUAAAAUGAAAGAGACCACCAUAGAAGUGGUGGCUUCGCCUAAAGCGGCCUGGAGUGUCACACCAGAAGUCACUGGAAAAACUCUAAAAUCUGCCGUAACUCCAAAGACAACUGCUGUAUUAGCUCUGGAAUCCAAGAAGGCAGAGAUGCUACCAGAGCGUCUCUUUAGCAGCAAUAGGAGUCUGGACAGUUCAGUGGCAUCAUCUGACAGCUCGUCCACGAGUAAGAGCAAAAAGCGAAGUUCGCUCUUCUCUCCGCGAAAAAACAAGAAAGAGAAGAAAUCAAAGAACGACGUUAGCCGUCUCUCUGGCGCGGAAGAGACGCCGCCUAAGCACAAGUCUCUGUGGAAGGCUGUCUUCUCAGGGUACAAAAAGGACAAAAAGAAGAAAGAUAACAAAUCAUGUCCCAGUACACCAUCAUCGAACUCUACCACUCAGGAUUCUGGGAAGAAGAGAACCUCGCCUGUUGGAAAAUCAGCAGAUGCAAAGUCACGCAGAAACUUGAGUUUUUCUGAGGAUUCUGACCUGUCAUGUGACGACGUUCUGGAGAGAUCAUCCCAGAGGUCAAAGGCAGAUCGGCACACGGACAUCUUUGACCUAGUAUCAGGCAUCCAGAAGGAGGCAAUGAAGGAGGAGAAACUGGACAAGGAGAUAAAGAGGGAGUUAAAAGAAAGAAAAGGGGUGAAAGUGAAGCGCAAAGAAAGAGAACAGGAAAAAGCGGUUGGUCGCGAAAAGGAAAAGGAAGAUGAGGAGUCUGUUUAUGUCCCUCAUGCACUGGCGUUCAAGAGAUCAUAUGCCUCAAAGAAAACCUACACGGAAGAGGAGCUCAACGCCAAGUUGACGCGGCGAGUCCAGAAAGCUGCUCGACGGCAAGCUAAGCAAGAAGAACUCAAGAGGUUACACCGAGCCCAGAUUAUUCAAAGGCAGCUUGAGCAGGUGGAGGAGAAGCAGAGGCAGCUGGAGGAGAGAGGCGUGGCUGUGGAAAAGGCACUGCGAGGAGAAGCAGGAAUGUACAAAGGUACUUAUACAUUACCCAAACAGCACAAAAGAAGAUCAGACUAUUGGGGAGAUUCUAAUUACAGUGAAAUCCUGGACUUACAUCUGGGCGUCCCCCGCUCGCUUUCCCCCUGUCUUGUGGAAGUUGAAUCCUUUGUGGGGGCGGACCGUCGGAGAUCUCUCCCCUUCUGCCUCUGCUGUUCCCCUGAAGGCAUGGGCAAGAAAGACGAUCCCAAACUAAUGCAGGAGUGGUUCAAGCUGGUGCAGGAGAAGAACGCCCUUGUCCGCUAUGAAUCCGAACUCAUGAUAUUUGCCAGAGAACUGGAGCUGGAGGACCGUCAGAGCCGAUUGCAGCAGGAGCUACGGGAGCGAAUGGCUGUGGAAGACCACCUGAAGACUGAGAAGGAGCUUGCUCAAGAAAAGCAGAUCUUAAAUGAGAUGCUUGAAGUUGUGGAGCAGCGCGAUUCCCUGGUGGCGCUCCUGGAGGAGCAGAGGCUUCGAGAGAAGGAGGAAGACAAGGACCUGGAGGCUGUGAUGCUCUCCAAAGGCUUCAACCUUAAUUGGGUUUAACAAAAUGCAACCUAUUGUUCCAAUAGAUUUGAGGUUGAAACCCUGCCUUUAUCGUCAGCAUAGUGCAGUCAACAUGGAAGGAAAAAAAAGCAGUUAUUGUGGGAUUGUCACUCCUGCAGCGGUAAAUGUGUAAAGAUUCCCCAACAAUCACGUAUACACAAACCCAGAGAUUGCUUAAAGCGACCUGCCGCUUUUCCACAUCCUUAGCCCACAGGCAGCCCUAGUUCAUCACUUAAGGUUCGCAAUGUCACUGUGGGCUGAAAGACCGUACACUAACAGUUGGUCAUCGCACCUCUUGAAGCGCUGGCACCGUUGGCAGUGUUUAGACUUGUUGGAUCCAGAAUCAUCUAAACGGAAUGCUCCAAUCUGGUCCUGCUGAUGUAAAGGAAAUGUAAAGAAUUGUGUUUUGUAAAUAAGUUGUUUAGAUACAGCCACAUUUUCCUGCAGUUCAAGAUCCUCAUGUUGUCGUUGGCGAGAACAAAAAGGAAUACUGCCAAGGUUAUUGUGAAGCUGCCUUCCUGUCCUCUGGCACACAAAUUUUAUUAACAUUUAUUGAUUGGCCGUACACAUACACUUGCAUGGUAUUUACGUUUGUCCGUUAAAAGCCUUACCAAAACACGAAACACGAGUGAUUCCAUCAGAAUGUCACGAGCACCAAAACGUAGUGUGCCUUUGAGCCUUUGUGACUCGUCAGCACCAACAGCCAGCACCCAUCACAGAUACUAAAUAAUAAUGCAUUGGAUUAAUAUGACUGUUUUCAGGACACUCAAAGAUGGUUUACAUUGAAUUAUUUCUACACACUAGAUGGUGGUAAGUUUCUAUUGUAGCCACAACUGCCCCGUGGCAGUCUUACAGAAGCGAGACAGCCAAUUUAUACCAUUGGCCCACCUGCCCACGAUCAACCGCUCAUUCUCAAACUACAUUCACACAGGCAUGAAGGGUGAAGUAUCUUGGCUAAGAAUAAGAAUACAACAACAAUGGAAAUAAGUGGGAGCUGAAAUCAAAUCCCCGAUCCUUCUACCCGCUUAACUUGGUAAGACUUGUAUACGGAUUGGGGGGGGGGGGGUCCUAUGCCACGCAACAUGCCGGGCAAAUUCCGCUCUAGCAAACGACGGGAUCAAAAUGUGAAAACAGCCUAACUGCAGCCGCUAUUUUGUCCCCGACUGCAAGGACACAGCAUUAGAGAACUUGAACGCGUUUGCUAAUUCACCAUCUCUGAAUUGACCUCCCUAGUGUUUUCUGUUUAUUGUCCCUGAAAUGCAAUGAACAGGUAGUUGUCACAUUUACAACGUUAUCCUAAAGGAGAAAACUCCUUAACGUCCUUUUGUGAUUAUAAAUAUUUGUGAUUGGCAAGUGAUCAGUGCAGGGUGCUCCAGUCACUUAGGAUAGGCAUUAGCUUCCCAGUGACCUUGAAAAGAUUCAAAGUGUAUUCAGAAGAUUACAGGGAAGUUGUGUUUUACCUUUUUAUUCAUUUAUAUGUACAUAUUAAACUGUCAAGGGAGAAUAAAAGCGUUUCACAUGAUUGACAGUGAAGGCACCCCUCCUCAACAUAAAAUUCACUGUAUUUGUUGGCUAAUGUUUACACAAUUGUCCAUAUCAUGUCUUGUAUUUUAUGUUUCCUUACAACAAAAUGCAAGUGAGGAGAUUCAGUGUUCAAACAUGCAGAUGCCUUUUUUUUGG